CUACGUCGGCAGCAACUUCUGCUGCAAACUCAACUGGUCAAGUGUUGGGCAUGCUGACCAGUUCACAGUCCACCUCCAGUACGUCAGGGGCUGGCACUAGUCAGAUGGCGGGCUCGCAGUUCAGCUCGCCGCCUCCACGCACUCGGGAGCAGAUGGAGCUCAAGCAAGUCGAGAGGAUCCGCUUGAGGCUAGAGGAGGAUCUUGGGCAGGCUACUAAAAGAGAGAAAGAGAUUAGAGAUAGGAGUGUCAAACUAGAGGGAAGGGAGGCAGACAAGGCUGCGCUAGAGGAGUUAGAUGACUCGGCCCUUAGCAACAAUGAAAAGAUUCUGAAGGCGAGCAUCCUGUCCAUGCAUGCAUACAUGGACAGUAAACUGGAUACAAUCCAGGACACCUUGGACCAGAUCCUAAAUGCUAUGCACAAACCGGGAAUCAGGCCAGCAGUCUUGCCGUCGCUGCCAUUGUCAACGACGACAGGCCCGUAUGCCGCUCAGUCUGGACCACAACCAAGUGGAGACAAGAAGGACGAGGCUCUAGACACGUGGUUGAGAACGGUUCUAGUCUGGGUGAGGGCAAAGAGGACAUUGGUAGAAGAGGAAGUGAUAACUGCUGCAUCCUACUUAGAGGGUUCAACAACUCGUUGGUUAAAUGGAUUGGUUGCUUCAAAGGGUUUCGGCAGGAACAUGGGUGAUUGGGCGCAGACCCACACCUUAGAAAACUUUAUGGACUUAGUGGAAGCGAGUUGGCACAACCCUCAGCAGGCACAAAUUGCCACUGAUGGGGUACUGAAACUUGAUGCUAGGAAGUACAAGUCAGUGCGAGAGCUUCCCACGACCGUAGAGCGUCUGAUCGUUGUCCCAGGAGUGGAGUACAAUCCAGAGGUCUUAUUGACCACUUUUCUGAGAUGUCUUCCCACAGACAUCAAGAACUUAUUAGCCAGCGAGGCUCGCGGAGAGUAUCACACGUUUGAGACAUUCAGCAAGAAGGCUCUAGACUUAGAGGCUACGCUAGGUAGUGCUCAAACCCCUUCUACGGACGGGAGAAAGAAGAAGACUCCACAAGAGUGGAAGAAGAAGGGUAGUCGAUUGAUGAUGGUUGAUUCCGAUGGGAAUCAAACUGAGAUCGAUGAUGUUUCUGAGCUUGUGGAGGGAACCGAGUUAGACGGCGAGGAGAGUGCUGAGGGUAGCAACCUCGCCGCGGUAGUGAAGACUAAGGCAGGAGGCCGCGGGAAGGGCGGUCAACAAAGGGGUCAGGGGCAAGCCGCCAACCCAAACAAAAUAGUUGCUUGGGUUAGAGCAGGCUUGGAUCAGGAAGUGUGGCGAGAUCGUUGGUCGCGAGGUGCUUGCAUAAACUGCGGCGAGUACGGCCAUACGCAGUUUAAAUAUAAGAACCCGAAGGUCUCGCAAAAGAUCCCUCCUAAGGGGGCAGAACAUGAUGACGGAGUCUGUGUGGACAAAGUGGUUUGUGGAUUAGGAAGAGAGUUAACGGAUGGAGACAAAACCAGGGGAGGUAGGAGUGGUGAAGACAGGGGUGGUAGAGUAGUCGGAAGGUGGGUAACAGACGGCGGUAAAACCAGGGGAAAUAAAAGCGGUGAAGACGGGGGGGAUGAAGUCAGGGGUGGUGAAGUGGCUGAAGCAGAGAUAGGGGGGGCAGUCGUAGGUGAGACCCGAAGAGGGGACUCUGCAGGUGGUAAUGCAGGCAUGGCCACGGAUGCCAUGGAGGAACGCACCGAGACCAAGGGCGACACAACAGAUGCGGUGGUCACGGAUGCCAUGGAGGAACACACCGAGACCAAGGGCGACACAACGGCUGCGGUGGCCACGGAUGCCAUGGAGGAACACACCGAGACCAAGGGCGACACAACGGCUGCGGUGGCCACGGAUGCCAUGGCGGAACACACCGAGACCAAAGGCGACACAGCAGCUGCGGGUCGAGUUGCUCCUGCGGAAUCAAUCGUAGAAGCAACCAAGGCCGAUGAGGAAGAGACUGCGAACCGAAAAGGGGCAGCCAGGGUCACAAACGGCAUGGAAGGGGUUACUAAGACUGAUGAGGACGCAGGUGCGGCAAACACAGGUAAUGAAGAAGAGGCUGUGAUAGGUGUGACAGGCGCCGAUAAUGAAGAAGGGGCUGUGACAGGCGUAGUCCGAGGACAGUGUGUAGAUACCCGAGAAAGCGGGUGAUGAAUAGACCAUCGAAGCAUGCUGCGGAACCA